CAAGAUGUAAAAUGUGUCAGCACCAGAUCCACUGCCAUUCUGGUAAGUUGGCGGCCGCCUCCGGCUGAAAGCCAGAACGGAAUCCUGGCUGGAUACAGCGUCUACUAUCGAGCGCUGGACUCGGAGGACACGGAGCUUAAGGAGGUGAAUGAUAUCCCCCCAACCACCAGUCAGAUCCUACUGGAGUCCCUGGAGAAGUGGACGGAGUAUCGCGUCACUGUCGUGGCUCACACGGAGGUGGGGCCGGGCCCGGAGAGCUCGCCGGUUAUCGUCCGGACGGAUGAGGAUGUGCCCAGUGCGCCGCCUCGGAAGGUGGAGGUGGAGGUCCUGAACUCGACUGCCAUCCAAGUGUUCUGGCGCUCCCCGGUGCAGAGCCGCCAGCACGGCCAGAUCCGUGGCUACCAGGUCCACUAUGUCCGCAUGGAGAACGGAGAGGCCAGGGGGCUGCCCCACAUCAAGGACAUCAUGCUGGCUGACGCCCAGUGGGAAACAGAUGACACUGCUGAAUACGAAAUGGUCAUUGCUGGGCUCCAGCCUGAGACUACGUAUUCCAUCACCGUAGCCGCCUACACCAUGAAGGGAGAUGGAGCUCGCAGCAAACCAAAAGUGGUCACCACAAAGGGUGCAGUCCCAGGGAAGCCCAUCCUGUCCGUGCACCAGACGGAGGAGAACACUCUGCUGGUGAAGUGGGAGCCUCCGUUGGACGCGGAGGGCCAGGUGGUGGGCUACAGGCUCCAGUUUGGCCGCAAGGACGUCGAGCCCCUGGCCACCCUGGAGUUCUCAGCCACGGAGGAUAAGUACACGGCCCCCAGCAUCCACAAAGGCGCCACGUACGUCUUCAAGCUGGCCGUGAAAAGCCGGGCUGGCUUCGGGGAGGAAGCCGUGCAGGAACUCACCACCCCUGAAGACAUCCCCAAGGGUUACCCCCAAAUCCUCGAGGCGAGCAACGUCACCGCCGUGUCGGUCCAGUUUGGCUGGCUGCCCCCCGUGCUGGCCGAGAGGAACGGAGCCAUCGUCAAGUACACCGUGGCGUACCGGGAAGCCAGUUCUCCCGGCAACCCCCUGGAAAAAGACCUGCCCCCCUCCCCAGAGAACUCCUACACCCUCAACGGCCUCAAACCCAACACCGCCUAUGACGUUAAAAUCCGUGCUCACACCAGUAAAGGCCCCGGGCCCUACAGCCCGACCGUCCAGUAUCGGACGUUCCAGCUGGAUCAAGUUUUACCCAAAAACUUCAAAGUGAAGAUGGUGACAAAGACAUCUGUCCUUUUGAGCUGGGAAUUUCCUGAGAAUUACAACUCUCCCACCCCAUACAAGAUCCAGUACAACGGGCUGAAUGUCGACGUGGACGGCCGCACCACCAAGAAGCUCAUCACCCACCUGAAGCCCCGCACCUUCUACAACUUCGUUCUCAUGAACAGGGGCAAUAGCAUGGGGGGCUUGCAGCAGAACGUGGCGGCCUGGACGGCUGCUGACAUGCUGUCCAAGAAGCCAGAGGUGACCCACAAGCCCGACGCCGACGGCAACGUGGUGGUGAUUCUGCCAGACGUGAAGAGCUCUGUGCCUGUCCAGGCUUACUACAUCGUGGUGGUGCCUCUAAGGAAGUCCCGAGGAGGACAGUUCCUCAACCCCUUGGGCAGCCCUGAGGAGAUGGACCUGGAGGAGCUGGUCCAGGACAUCGCCAGGCUCCGGCGCCGCAGCCUGCGCCACUCCCGGCAGCUGGAGCUGCCCAAGCCCUACAUCGCCGCCCGCUUCCGCUCCCUGCCCUCCCACUUCGUCCUGGGGGACAUGAAGCACUAUGACAACUUUGAGAACAGGGCCCUGGAGCCAGGGCAGAGAUACGUCAUCUUCAUCCUGGCUGUGCUGCAGGAGCCUGAGGCUACUUUUGCUGCCAGUCCUUUCUCUGACCCCAUCCAGCUGGACAACCCGGACCCGCAGCCGAUCAUCGAUGGAGAGGAAGGGCUCAUCUGGGUCAUCGGGCCCGUCCUGGCCGUGGUCUUCAUCAUCUGCAUUGUCAUUGCCAUUCUGCUCUACAAAAACAAGCCAGACAGCAAACGGAAAGAUUCAGAGCCGAGGACAAAAUGCCUCCUGAACAAUGCUGAAAUCACCCCUCACCACCCUAAGGACCCUGUGGAAAUGAGACGCAUCAACUUCCAGACUCCAGAUUCUGGUCUGAGCAGCCCUCUCAGUGACCCUGAGUUUGACUUUGAAAGUAUGCUCAGCCACCCACCAAUCCCCGUUUCCGAGCUGGCUGAACACACAGAGCAUCUCAAAGCUAAUGAUAACCUGAAAUUGUCCCAAGAGUAUGAGUCCAUUGACCCUGGCCAGCAGUUCACCUGGGAGCACUCCAACCUGGAAGUGAACAAGCCCAAAAACCGUUACGCCAACGUGAUCGCCUACGACCACUCGCGGGUCAUCCUGCUGCCCAUCGAAGGAAUUGUGGGCAGUGACUACAUCAAUGCCAACUACAUCGAUGGCUACAGGAAGCAGAAUGCCUACAUUGCCACACAGGGGCCUCUGCCUGAGACCUUUGGGGACUUCUGGAGGAUGGUGUGGGAGCAGCGUUCAGCUACUAUUGUUAUGAUGACUAAGCUGGAGGAGAAAUCACGGAUCAAGUGUGACCAGUACUGGCCGGGCCGGGGCACAGACACCUACGGGAUGAUCCAGGUGACCUUGCUGGACACCAUCGAGCUGGCCACCUUCUGCGUGAGGACCUUCUCCCUGCACAAGAAUGGCUCCAGUGAGAAGCGGGAGGUUCGCCAGUUCCAGUUCACCGCGUGGCCUGACCACGGGGUACCCGAGUACCCCACCCCCUUCCUGGCCUUCCUGAGAAGGGUGAAAACCUGCAACCCCCCUGAUGCUGGUCCCAUCGUGGUGCACUGCAGCGCGGGCGUCGGUCGGACCGGCUGCUUCAUCGUGAUCGAUGCCAUGCUGGAGAGGAUAAAACAUGAGAAGACAGUGGACAUUUAUGGGCACGUCACCCUCAUGAGGUCACAACGUAACUACAUGGUGCAGACAGAGGACCAGUACAGCUUCAUCCACGAUGCCUUGCUGGAGGCCGUCGCUUGUGGCAACACCGAGGUCCCGGCGCGGAACCUCUACACCUACAUCCAGAAGCUGGCACAGAUUGAGGUUGGAGAGCACGUGACAGGCAUGGAGCUGGAGUUCAAGCGACUGGCCAACUCCAAAGCCCACACCUCCAGGUUCAUCAGUGCCAACCUCCCCUGCAACAAGUUCAAGAACCGGCUGGUGAACAUCAUGCCCUACGAGAGCACCCGGGUCUGCCUGCAGCCCAUCCGCGGCGUGGAGGGCUCCGACUACAUCAACGCCAGCUUCAUCGAUGGCUACAGGCAGCAGAAGGCUUACAUAGCCACCCAGGGGCCCCUGGCAGAGACCACGGAGGACUUCUGGCGGAUGCUGUGGGAGAACAACUCCACCAUCGUGGUGAUGCUGACCAAGCUGCGGGAGAUGGGCCGGGAAAAGUGCCACCAGUACUGGCCGGCGGAGCGCUCGGCCAGGUACCAGUACUUCGUGGUGGAUCCCAUGGCCGAGUACAACAUGCCUCAGUACAUCCUGCGCGAGUUCAAGGUCACCGACGCCAGGGACGGCCAGUCCCGAACCGUUCGCCAGUUCCAGUUCACAGACUGGCCAGAACAAGGAGUGCCAAAAUCAGGAGAAGGCUUCAUCGACUUCAUUGGGCAGGUUCAUAAGACCAAGGAGCAGUUUGGCCAGGACGGCCCCAUCUCUGUCCACUGCAGUGCUGGCGUGGGCAGGACUGGAGUGUUCAUCACCCUCAGCAUCGUCCUGGAGCGGAUGCGUUACGAGGGGGUUGUAGAUAUUUUCCAGACAGUAAAGAUGCUGCGAACGCAACGACCUGCGAUGGUGCAGACAGAGGACGAAUACCAGUUCUGUUACCAGGCAGCUCUGGAGUAUCUGGGAAGUUUUGAUCACUAUGCAACAUAAAAAGCCAUCCGUUGUGCAGACUCUACCAACCACUUAAGUCCUGGAAGGCCUCUUUUGACCCAGGAGGAGCGCUUGAACUUACAAAACUGAAUCAGAAGAAGUACCUUUUCAUCUGGACAAGGCUUUGGGGAGCAGGGGGAAGGAUUGGAUGGAACACCCCUUCAGGAACUCCACGUUGUAACCUGGACCGUGAAGAGGCAGCUCAGGAGACUGCUGAAGGACUGCUUUAAGUGGUGAACUGCUCUUGUUACCUCAAGUGGUGUUCGCUGUGGAGGACGUAUGGACAUCCUGAAACAGAUC